AUGCCCGGCGACAGCUUCAUUCACGUGGCGGCCUGGCCCCAGCACCAGCACCAGAGUCCCAGCCCGAAGCCGCAGCGAUCCUUUGGCCAUUUCCGCUCUCUCUCGAGUUUCUCACAAACAUCUGUCUCCAGUAGAGCGAAGUCGCCUGCGAGGCCCCCUUCCAUGUCCCAGUUGCCAGACAUGGCCUCGACGCCCGAGUCACCCUCUUUGGACGUGCCGCAGCCCAAGCGGAUGCCGUCGAACCAGUCACUGAUGGAGGACAUGGACUACAGCACCAAUCUGGACCUCAGGAAAAGUUCGGCUGAUGGCACCGCAACGCCUGCGCACCAUCCCGAUUUGAAUGACGAGGUGGCUACGCUGAGCACGAAACUGAUCAACGCCAUCAACCACCAGACUGCGCUGGAUGAUACUCUCGCCUCAACCCGGCAUGAGCUAGAGGACGAGAGGACAAAAGUUCGGGAGCUCGAAGAGAAAGUGGCACGGCAACAGGAGCUACUGGCCGGCGACGUUUGGGUGAGACGGUCGACGGUCGAGAGCGAGAAGAAUAGGCUUCUUCUACGCGUCGCUGAAGAGAAGCGGCAACGUUUUGAGGUCGAGAAGGAGAAGAAGAAGAUCGAGCAGGAGUUGGAGAACCUGACCACGGCCUUGUUCGAAGAAGCCAACAAGAUGGUCAUCUCCGCCAAGGAAGAGGCACAGAAAGAGCACGACGCCAUCCAGCGCAAGAACGACUUGCUUAAAUCCCAACUGGCCGACACAGAAGGGCUCCUAAGGUCUCAGCAGGAGCAGCUGGCCGAGCUGAAGCUGGUCAUGGAGCACAUGACCGCUGAACACGACGACCACAGCGGAACCACGCCUUCAUCGCCUGGGUUUAGCAAGUUUGAUUCAAGGGAUGACGAUACGCACGUUACCGACAGCGUAUCUCAGUCUGGCAUCACGGAGCCUUCCUCGCCGACCUAUCCUACGAGCCUGACACAUCUGCUCCAACCCGUGCUUCGGACCGACCUGGCUGCCUAUGAAGACUUUCUGGCUCUGGUCAAAACUUCCAAGCGGACUUCCAGCCGAAUAUCAUCUGGCUCCUACAGCGGGCUCAACCCGUUGCUUAGCCUUGCCAGCGCCGGUUCAGCUCCGUCCAACGCUUCCACAACUUCACUGACCACGGCGGGGACGGCGUCCUCGAAUGUAUCACCACAAACCCCAAACACGCCCGCAUCGGCCAUAAGCGCCGGCUCAGUUGCUACCCCACUGCCCCCCUUGAAAGAAACAAAGUUCUACAAGAGGGCCCUCGCUGAGGAUGUCGAGCCGACCUUGCGUCUAGAUAUUGCACCCGGCCUAUCCUGGCUAGCACGGAGAUCCGUCUUGACUUCCAUGACUGAAGGAUCCCUCGUUGUGGAGCCGGUUCCCACGAACAACCCUUUUGCUGCCAUUAGCAAGCCUCAGUUCUACCCAUGCUCGCUCUGCGGCGAAAGUCGUAAGGAGACUCCUCACCUGCGUAUGCAUCGGUUCCGAACGAGCGAGGCCGACUCUGCCCAACGGUACCCGCUCUGCAAGUACUGCCUUAACCGUGUGCGAUCCACCUGCGAUUUUCUGGGUUUCUUGCGCAUUGUCAAGGAUGGUCAUUGGCGCGCCGAAGACGCUGACGCUGAACGGGCAGCGUGGGAGGAGAGUGUCAGACUGCGAGAGCAGAUGUUCUGGAGCCGCAUCGGUGGAGGCGUAAUCCCUGCGACACAAGCACUCCUUCACCCACCUAGUAUAGGGGAGAAAAGCCCCCGCAGCAGCCACGAAGGGCAGACGACUCCUGCUCCAGCUGACCUGAAGAGGACAUCGUCAUCUGACAGUACUGUGGCGCCUGUCUCCGUCACGACGCCUGCCGACCAAGAGCACGACGUCGAGCAGCAGCCGGACAAAUCGCCUGAUGCAGCCGACCGGGAAGAAGCCGAGGUGAAGCCUGACACAGCUUCUCCCACCGUUGACCAGGCAAACCAAUCUCUUGGAGCUGAAAACGCAGACCCCAACGAAGACGGGGUGAAGCGUCUUUCGAUCACGAUACCCGGCUCUUUCGACAACGCGUAG